UUGUCAAGUACGAAGUUAAGGUUGCAUUCAUGCGCUGUAUGCAGACUGAUAAACAGCAGACAAGCGAUGGUGCUAAAAUUUGCGCAAGACAAGCAGCGCACAGGACAAUCCAGGAUAAACGGCAUAAACAAUAAAAAAAACUCAUAAAAAAAUCAGAUUUUGCAACCGACAUUACUUUGGUGCAAACAUGCGCAAAGAUCACGGCUGGAUGAUAAUUUUUUUAAGGAGAAGAGCUUUUUAUAUGAAAGGGAGAAUAGCAAAUUAGCCAUUUUAAAUGGAAAGUGGAGGGAAAGACCGCAUCAAUGUUUAUCCAUCUCGUGUGGCGCUUACAGGAAUGCGCAAUCGGUUGACGCUUUCGGAGAAGGGCGCCAAUCUUCUCCAGAAACGCGCGGAUGCCCUGGCCUUCCAUUACCGAGCCAAAUCCAACAAAGCCCUUCGAAACAUUUUGGAAAUGCAGCUGGCAGUUAAGAAAGCGCGUAUCAGCAUGGCAGAAGUAAAUUUUAUCGCAGGUAACCAAAAUCAUCAGAUUCUGGAAUGUGUCGGCCCAAGCGCUCGUUUGCAGCUAAAGAUCAAUAUUAAGAAUAUCGCGGGCGUGAAAUUACUGGAUUUCGAAGAAAUUCUCGAUACUACAGGCACAGACCGCAGUAGACUUAUCGGACUGGGACGAGGUGCUGAGCGCUUGAAUCGGUGCCGUAUUGUGUUCCGUAACCUUGUCACAUUGAUAAUUCAGCAGGCGACGCUGAGGUAUUCCCUAAAGGUCAUCGAUAAAACUCUAUCGGCUACUAACUGCCGCAUAAACGGGCUGAAAAAUGUCGUUGUGCCGCGACUGCAGCGCACUAUUAAUCAUAUCAUCUCGGAAUUAGACGAGGAAGAACGAGAAGAACAUUUUCGGCGGAAGAAGAUACAGAUAAAGAAACGCUUUGCGAAAAGUAUGGAGUUAGAACAACGACGUCGAGCACUGGCGAUUUUGUAGCAGGCUUUAUUUGCUUGCCCGGAUAAUAGUGAGCGUUUGGUUACAAACGCAUGCACACCAGGUGCCUGAGAAUUAAACAGUUAAUAAUGUUAGUAAUAUAACGAUAUGGUCGACAACAAAGAUGUGUUUCCGGUCUUCAGAAGCGUUGAUUUAUGAUUGGAUUCGGGUGUGAUGCUGUCCUACGCACUUCCAUAUUUUAUCUUUAUAUUGCUGUGAUAAGCAGCAUAAUUAUCGGUAAUUUACUUUUAAGUCUUCUUUGUUGAGCAUUUAUUUUGUGUCAUAGUCUGAUUUGCUACUGGUCUGUUGUAUUUUGAUAUUGUAUGUCUAAUCGUACCGGAUUUAUUAUACAUGUAAGUAUGAACAUGUAUCGGGUUUCUUCAUUCCAAGUAUUUCCUGCUUCGUUUCAGUGCUUUUUACUUAGGAGUUAGGUGCAGUAUGAUUUUUAUGUUUUGGACUAAUGACGGUGGUCCUUGAAAUAUGAAGAUUGAUUGCCGCGUUCUGUGCAUUAAAUGCAGCAUUCAUGCAAUUAGCUCCGAAAGUUUCCGUAAUAACGCAUAAAUGAUAUGGAUCGAGAAUACGCGCAA